AUGAAAGGGGGAUUUUUUUUUCUUUUGGCCACUGUUGUUCCAGCCAGCAUAAUUGAAAGAAGUCUCAUUUUGCAUGCACUCUGCUCUACAAGCAGAGUUGAUAUGGUUGGUACACUGUGCUCACCUUUGAAGGAUUGGCCACCCACACCCAUUCACCUGGUGAGCUUAAAGAUGAGGGUCACUCACCAGACAAGCCAUGGAGACUAUCCCCAAAAAGGUUUGCAGUGCUCAAUGGGGAUGGAGAGUGAGGAAGAGAAAAAGAAGGAGCACCAGGGAGAAAGUCCCAUCUGUGCUGGGCAGCAGACAGCUGCCAGGUUCAUAAAUUCUGUGGUCAAGGAAAAGAGUCGUGUGGCAGUUUCAGCUCUUGCUCAUUGGGCAGCUUGCCCAGGCCUGGCCUCUGAGUUGAAAUGGGGGUUGGGUACUUUGUUCCAUAGCUUUUCUAUGCCACAGACAGUAUCUUUGUUCUUGGAGAGUUCAUUAUUUUUUUAA